AUGGCGGCACAACAGACCAUCAUCGCAGAGACAAUACGCGGCAUGAAGCUGGCCAUGCGCCGCCGCGACAACGACUCCGACUCAGACACGUCCAUCACCCAACCCACAAAUCGCGGCAACAAGCUCAAGCGCAAUGCUCGCCAUGUGCGCGAAGGUCGCCUCGACACUACCCAUGGUCGCAGUUACAAGAAGCGCAUCGACUAUGCUGGCUACGACCGCUACAUUCUCAACGAGAAUCCUCUUCGCUUCGACGACGACGGCGACCUAAUAGACGACGACGAAUACGAGCCCGACGAAGAAGACACCUCAGAACAAACUGGUAAUCCAUGGGCAGACACCAAGCUCGAAGAGCUACUAGCUCCCUUGACUUCGGCCGCCGAUCUCGCCCACCACCCCUCUCUGUCCAUCCCCUUCCUCUCGAGGCCAAUUAGCGAAAUGGCAGAAAACGCUCGCCAAGCUAUGCAUCGCGAAAAAGAGACUCUGUGGCAUAUCAAGCAGUUGUUACUGAGGUUGCGCGGCGACGACCAUUGGAUUCCUGUUGGCAAGCUCGAAUCAGAACACGACAUCAUGCUCCUAGAUCCCUCGGCCGCUCCUGUCGAAGACAGCCUGUCCACUACAAUGCCGCCAGAGACUUCUGCCAUUGACCACUACAAGCCCGAAAACACCACACAGUCACAACCAGAGCCGCCGCAGCAAAACGGCACCCAGACAGAUGGUGCUGACCAACAACAAAAUCCAUCGGAUACUCUACCAUCCCCCGAUGCCUCGCCCGACGGCACCAACCAACAUGCCAUGACGACUAGACGUCAAGCCCGUACAUCUCCGACCCCCGACCCCAACUUCCCUUCUUCGUCUCCUGCUCCCUCGUCGAUACCAUCGAUACACGGCUUCUUCCAUGUUCCAGACUCCGCACUACCAGAUCGAGACUACGGUCUUCCUGCCAACGAAGCAGAUGAUACACGCCGACUGUUAUUACUCUACUGCCAGAAACAAGAGCAAGUGGUUCGCGAAUCGGAACAAAUGCUUGAGGGUUUACUCAAAGCAGAUCGCAUGAGGAGAGACGUCUGGCGCUGGUGCAAGACAGAAGGUCACUUGGGCGAGAUGAGCGACGGCGAAGAUUGGUACGACAUGGAAGAAUGGAAUCUCAGCGCACCAUUACAAAAAGGCAAAGAAGAGGAAGAGGUAGAAGAUGAAGGCAGAGUAAAAGGUAGACGAAGACGCGGUGCACAGCACUAG